GGCUCUCCGUAGAUGGAAGAAGGCGGGGCUGUUUCCUCAGGAGACAUAAAGAUGGCGGCGCCCAGGGGAGAAAAAAGCGCCUAACGCGCUGAAGGGGCCUCCAGAGAAAGGAGGAGAGAGGCGGGCCGCCAUUCCGACGUUGUUUCGGCCCCAGGCGCAGGGAUGAUGCUGAGGCACCUGAGGAGACUCCUUGGUCAGGGACCCAAGGUGAGCCAUCUGUCACUGGAGCAUGAUAAAUUUCUUCACGCAAGUUGCAGCAUCUGGCAAAGUGCAGCUGUAAACCAGGAUGCUGUGAGUCUGCCAGAAAAGCCCAGAACAAUCUUCCGUACUACUGAGAAUGACCCGGCCAAUCACACUGAAGAACAUGUGGGUCAAUAUUACAGCCUCCCCCGCCAAGAAGUGGAAGUGAUCUUUCCUCAUGGACUACCAGCACGCUUCAAGUUGCAGAUGAAAACCUUCAACGAAACAUGCUUUAUGGUGCGGGAGCCAGCACUCGAACUCAUUAGCUACUUAAAAUGCACCAACUUUUCUCAUCCAGCCAUCAGAUAUGUCAUCUAUGGUGAAAAGACCACAGGCAAGACCAUGACACUUUGUCAUGCCAUCCACUACUGUGCAAAGCAAAACUGGCUAAUCCUACACAUUCCAGAUGCUCACUUGUGGGUAAAGAAUUGCAAAGAACUGUUGCCAUCUACUUAUAACAAGGAGCGCCUUGACCAGCCUCUGGAAGCCUCAGCCUGGCUGAAGAAUUUCAAAACCACCAAUGGGCAUUUCUUGAAAGAGAUCAAAACACAACAGACGUAUGUAUGGAGCAAGCGAGAGAGCACCACCGAAGGCAGGCCCCUGGGAGAGGUGAUAGAGCAGGGUUUGACUCGAGUGAAAAAUGCCAGCGAUGUCGUAGGGGUGGUUUUGAAAGAGCUGAAGCAACAAUGCCACCAAGGGUCUUUCAGGCUUCUAGUGGCCGUGGAUGGAGUUAAUUCCCUUUGGGGACAGACAACACUGAAGAAACAGGACAAGAGUAAAGUAGCUGUAGAGGAGUUGACGCUGAUCCACAACCUGAGAAAGAUGGUGGCCAAUGACUGGACUGGAGGAGCCAUUGUGACUACCCUCAGUCAAACAGGUGCUGUCUUCAAGCCUCGCAAAGCUUUCUUACCUCAUGAAUUGCUAGGAAAGGAGGGUUUCGAUGCCCUGGAUCCCUUUGUUCCAAUCCAGGUUCUCAACUGCACUGACCGGGAAUUUGAGAGCACCUAUCAGUAUUACCUGGAACAGAAGUGGCUUCAACAUGAGAAAGCCAGCACCAAUGCAGGGCGGAUGGAGCUUCGUUUCCUCACUGGACAGAACCCUGGACUGUUUGAUCAGAUCAGCUCUUUCUUGUGACUUUGUGUCCCAUCCAGUUCUCUCCAUUGACCUGUGAUAUCAAAAUGCAAAGAAUUUCUCCAAUUAAAUAAAACAUGUCCACUUUA